CGCCGGUGCAUGCGGCGCGGGCGCAGGCCCAGGCCCAGGCCCGAUGGCGGCCACGUCCGCCAUGUCCCUGAGUAAUUACAGCAGCCUGAACCGGGCCCAGCUUACCUUCGAAUACCUGCACACCAACUCAACUACCCAUGAGUUCUUGUUUGGUGCCCUUGCUGAACUUGUAGAUAAUGCCAGAGAUGCAGAUGCCACGAGAAUAGACAUUUAUACUGAGCAACGAGAGGACCUGCAAGGUGGAUUCAUGCUAUGUUUUUUGGAUGAUGGAACAGGAAUGGAUUCAAAUGAAGCUGCCAGUGUUAUCCAGUUUGGUAAAUCAGCCAAGCGAUCACCUGAGUCAACUCAAAUCGGGCAGUAUGGAAACGGCUUGAAAUCGGGUUCCAUGCGGAUUGGGAAGGAUUUUAUCCUGUUCACAAAGAAAGAUAACACCAUGACUUGCCUCCUCUUAUCACGGACAUUCCAUGAGGAAGAAGGCAUCGACGAGGUCAUUGUUCCCCUACCCACCUGGAACGCACGGAACCGUGAACCCCUGACGGACAACAUGGAGAAAUUUGCUAUUGAGACGGAGCUCAUCUACAAGUAUUCCCCUUUCAAAUCAGAAUGGGAAGUGAUGGACCAGUUCAAUAAGAUACGUGGUGAGAAAGGCACUCUGGUGAUCAUCUUUAACCUCAAACUAAUGGAUAACGGAGAGCCAGAGCUGGAUGUGACUUCUGACCCUCAAGAUAUUCAGAUGGCAGAAACACCCCCAGAGGGAACCAAGCCGGAGCGCCGCUCCUUCCGUGCCUAUGCUGCUGUGCUUUAUAUUGAUCCCAGGAUGAGGAUCUUCAUCAAUGGACACAAAGUACAAACCAAACGACUCUCAUGCUGCCUCUACAAGCCAAGGAUGUACAAGUACACUUCAAACCGUUUCAAGACCCGUGCAGAGCAAGAGGUGAAGAAAGCAGAGCACUUGGCAAGGAUAGCGGAAGAGAAGGCUCGCGAGGCGGAGAGCAAAGCCCGUGCCCUCGAGUUACGCCUCGGAGGGGAUCUCACGCGGGAGUCUAGGGUGACAUUGCGUCAGGUCCAGAACUCUGCCAUCACCAUGCGGCGGGAGGCUGACGUCAAGAAAAGGAUUAAGGAUGCAAAGCAGCGGGCACUGAAGGAGCCCAAGGAGCUGAAUUUUAUCUUUGGGGUGAACAUUGAGCAGCGUGAGCUGGACGGCAUGUUCAUUUAUAACUGCAGUCGGCUGAUCAAGAUGUAUGAGAAGGUGGGCCCACAGCUGGAGGGUGGCAUGGCAUGUGGAGGAGUGGUAGGCGUGGUGGAUGUGCCCUAUUUGGUUCUGGAGCCAACCCAUAAUAAACAAGACUUUGCUGAUGCCAAGGAGUAUCGACACUUGCUGAAGGCCAUGGGAGAGCAUUUGGCUCAGUAUUGGAAGGAUGUUGCAAUAGCCCAGAGAGGUAUCAUCAAGUUCUGGGAUGAAUUUGGUUAUUUAUCAGCAAACUGGAACCAGCCUCCGUCUAGUGAACUGCGUUACAAGCGCCGGAGAGCCAUGGAGAUCCCCACCACAAUUCAGUGCGAUGUCUGUCUGAAGUGGCGGACUCUCCCGUUCCAGCUGAGCUCAGUGGAGAGGAACUACCCUGACACCUGGGUGUGCUCCAUGAACCCUGAUCCUGAACAAGACAGAUGUGAGGCUGCAGAGCAGAAGCAGAAGGUACCACUGGGAACUCUAAAAAAAGACUUGAAAUCAAAUGAGGAAAAGCAGAAACAACUGACAGAGAAAAUCCGCCAGCAGCAGAAAAAGCUGGAAGCUCUGCAGAAAACCACUCCAAUUCUGUCUCAGGCUGACUUAAAGAAACUACCUCUGGAAGUGACUACACGGCCUUCAAGGGAGCACACCCGAUCUCAGCGCCCACGAUCUCCUCCUUUGCCUGAUGUAAUCAAGAAUGCUCCCAGCAGGCCACCAGGAUCGUCACCUCCUCACAAGUCCUGCACUCAGCUGAAAAAAAGUUCUUCAGAUCAUCCAAAUACCAGCUCCCCCAAGCUAGCAAGCAUGCUCUUCAAGGAGGAGGCCAGCACUUCCAGGACACACCAUCACACUGUGACAGCUGGGAAGUCUAACAGCACUUUAAAAACUCUUGCCAAGCCAGGUACAAGCCUGAAGUCGCUCUCUGGCCAACAGAGUCCCAAAAGCUCACGUGAGACACCCAAUCCAAAAGCAGCCAAGGUGCCAGCAGUAAGGAAAUCUGCCUCUGGCAAAUGUUUACAGGCUUCCAGCACUCGAAAGAGGGCCUCGAACAUCCCAGAGGAUGGGUCUGAGGAGGAGGGUGAGCCCAAAAAGGAGAGGACAAAACGAGGAAAAUUUUUGGCACUGAAAGAAGAGAAGGAUUCCAAUGAGGUGGUGGUGGAGCUCACAGACAGUGCUGGAGAGGAAGAGUUGUUGGAACUGAAGAAAGCACAGAAAGAUAAAGGGCUGCACGUGGAAGUGCGUGUGAACAAGGAAUGGUUCACAGGCCGUGUCACAGCUGUGGAAAGGGUGAGGCAUGCAAUCCGGUGGAAGGUGAAGUUUGAUUAUGUCCCUACAGACACCACACCAAGGGAUCGCUGGGUAGAGAAGGGCAGUGAGGAUGUAAGGCUUAUGAAACCUCCCUCUCCUGAGUACCAGGCUCCAGACACACAGCAGGAAGAGGAUGCGGUCAUGGCUGAACCUUCUACCUCGGAUUGCAUCAGAAUCGAGCCUGACACCACUGGUCCCAGCAGCAGCCAAGAAACAGUUGACUUACUAGUCCAGAUCCUUAGGAAUUGUUUGCGAUACUUCUUGCCUCCAAGUUUUCCAAUCUCCAAGAAUGAGCUGAGUUCCAUGAGCUCAGAAGGGUUGUUGGCAUUUCCCUUGAAAGAAUAUUUUAAGCAGUAUGAGGUGGGUCUGCAGAACCUGUGCAAUUCAUAUCAGACACGUGCCGAUGCCCGGGCCAAAGCCUCUGAGGAAAACCUCCGGAACUUAGAAAGGAAGCUGAGGGAAACAGAGGAGAAACUGCAGAAGUUGAGGACUAAUAUCAUGACCCUUCUGCAAAAAGUGCAGGAGGACAUUGAUAUUAAUACAGAUGAUGAACUGGAUGCAUAUAUUGAGGACUUGAUCAUGAAAGGUGACUGAGCAGCUCCAGCACAAGUCGUGGAGAAGUGCAGAAGAGCUGGCUGCUGCAGAGGAAGAUGUGGAUCUCUGUGCAGGUGGACUGAGGCAGCUGAUGAGGAGAGAGUUUUUUAGACAGCGCUCAUGUUGGUGUACAACUUGUUCCUGUGACUGUACAUGAGAAGCAUUUGUGCUGUUGGCAGGAAAAUUUUUAACUUUGUAGUUCUCUAAAUCUCUUCCUUUUGUUUAUAAAUAUUUAUUUUUAAAAGAAAUGGGAACUGUGCCUGUUACAAUGGCUGGUUUUAGUGAUGUAGAAGUGUGAGUAUCGCUUUUGCAACUCAAGUAUAUUCAUAUGCUAAACCUGGGAGCUCGGAGCACCCUGCUUAGCUUACUGGUUCUCCAGCAAGAAGCUGGCAGGAAUUAAAAAAUAAGCCUUGAGUUGUGGCAGAGGGGGUCAGGCUUUUUUUGUGGAAGAUACUGAACUUGAGGUAGAGAAAGCCAAGCCAUGAAUUGGAGCUAUAGAAAGGCGAUGUCCUUGUAUGAGUGUGAGUAGAGGGGAUGGAACAUUGGUGGAACUCGGAAAUUGGCACUGGCACCUGCAGUUAGCUUCCUGAACAGGAGGUUGCUGCAAGUGGGUGAAACUGCCACCGUGGUAAUAGCCAAGAGGCUGAGGUCCUUGUAGAAGAGGAUCACCUCCUGGACUGCUCACAGUCAGAGGAAGAAUGCUGGCGUUUGGGUUCUCUGCUUGCAGUCACUUUAUCACUCACUUCUGCUGCUGUUUCUUUGAGACAUAAUUACAGCAUCAGAACAACUCCUCAUCCACCUGACAAUAAAGUGACCUCUGUUCUAUUUUCACCCCCUCAGUUUUGUGUUGCUUUGCUCAAUUUGCUCUACCAGGUAAUUUUAUUAUUAGAGAUUUCUAAUUAUUAGAGAGAGGCUAUUUGGAGCCUUUGGAGCCCUACACCGCUGAUUGGCAUCUGGCCCUGUGCCUGCAGCAAAGAAAACACCUCUCCCUUAUCCUUCAGCUGCAGCCAACUCCUGGUGAGCCACUUGUGGCCAAGGGGACUUGGUCAGAGUUUGUCAGCUGGCCAGCAGCUUCGCAGGCCUGCUAGGACAAAGCAUCUGUGGACUCAUGUUCGGAAACUGGAGUCUCCUGCAAGCCAGAUGGUUGUAAACAUGGUGUAAAGCAAGAGGAACCCUCUAUCAGGGAGGUCAGGUGGAAUGGACCCUGGAGAUUGACACCUGGAUGUGUAAUAGACAUCUUUCAGCAAACCCUUCCAAAUUAAAAAUCUGUUGCACCAAAAAUCUUUGGCACUAAUUGUUUAUAGUCCUGAAUAACUCCCAAGUUUCUACACACCACAGAAGAGGGGGAAGGCUUUUGCUUAUUACCUGAAUUACAGGUGCUUAGCACAGCACAUGGUGAGACUGCUUCCAUCCCAAAUCUGGGCCUGACAUCCCACAAUAAAUAAAGGUAAGGAGUAUUCCCCUCUCCUCAUACACCCUCCUGCACAAAGGGGCAGCAUUUCUUAAGCAAAGGAACAGGCUCCACCAGUCUCCAUUUCUUCACACAUACUGGAGAUUUAUUAGUUGUGAUGAUACACUGCAGUUUCUGAUGAAAAUAAUCCAGAGAAGAUGCAUUUUUUAUUAAGGUGAAAGAAGUCUUUGUCCUUCCCAGGAGACAGCAGACAUUCUAAAGAAGGAGAUUUUGUUAUAUUGCAGUUCAGAGCUGCUGCUGCACACAGGCUUCAAUUUUGGACACCCAGAGGGCACCAGGAUGGGGCUAACUGUUCUUACAUAGUUCUUGAGCUUCCUGGCACAGUUUGAUUUCCUACUUCUCCCAUGUUAGGAAAGUGCAAUUGUUUUGAGGUUUGGUCUUUUUCCCCUCUUUUCUGUGGAACUUCUCAUUUCCAAUUUUAACUCUUGUUUUUUAAUGCAUUUAAUUGUUUUGAUCUUCUACCAAGGUUUUUUGCUAGGAAGAGAAAGCCAAGAACUUUUAAGUGCCAGUAAAAUAGAUUUUUCAUUCUCAAACCCUUUUGGACAAUGCUCUGCAGCUGCUCUUUUCUUUUUCUUGAUUUUGUUUCUAUAAAUUUGUUAGGCAAUUCUGUGUGUAACAUCAGGUUUUAGUAACACCUCUAAAACCCAUAGGCUCAGAAUGCCUCCAGAGGGAAUCCAAACUCCCGGCUCCAAGUGGGGUAUACUCCAAAGCUUUAUAAAGUGGUUCAGGGCAUUUUCCUGUUGAGCUCUUAAAAUCAGGGGUAGAGACUGCCCCACAGCUCUGCACCACACACCACUCCUAUGGGUGUUCUUCCCUGGUAUCACACAGGGAUGUCCCUAUCACAUCUUGAAGGUCAUUCCAGCUGCCAUCAAAAACCUGUCCCCUGCCUCUAACCCUGUCAGGACACCUCUGUCCUGCAUUUAAGCCUCUUGAUGCCUCAGAUGUUCCCCUAAGUCUUCGUCUGCUGUUUCUUACAGCAGAAAUACUAAGGACAUAAGUUUCCUUUUGCACAACAUUUUCCUCCCUCUCUCUAUGGCCAGCUUAAUCCCUUGUUUAUAUAUUCCAUAGUUGAAAUUUCUCCCAGAGCUGUCAGCUGGAUACUUCAUGCCAGCUUACUUCUUGUGGGCAGGUUGCAUUUUUCCUUCAAGCUCUCUGCCACGUUCCCUUUGCAUCUGUUUCCGAGAGCAGUAGAUGACUGAUGUUCUCGCCUGCAGGAAAGUAAAGAUGAGGGUCACUCAUGAGAGAAACCAAGGGAAUCUGGGAAAUUUGCCAAUUCUUGAUAGUUGCUAUGAACUAAAAUGCUGUGGAAAUGGAGAGGAUGUCCUGGCAUGCACAGCUCUGCAGAGGUGUAAAGUAACACUGAUCUUUUUUGGAUGGAGAACGCUGAGGAGUGUGUGUUCUCAUUGUCCCUAAGAGUUCAUCAGUGCCCAGAGUUGCUUCUUAGCAAGGAAAUGAGGAGGACUGUGUCGUUCCUGUCCUUUUGAAGCACUUCUUGAAUCACUUUUUGAGUCCCAACUAGAGCUUUCACCUUGUCUUAGUUUGAAAAGCAAGUGUCUACCAAGGUGUCUGCCUUGGUGUCUGCCAAGGAAGGCAGGAACAUCUUUUGGAAUGGAGACUAUAACCCCCUUCCCUCAGAAUUAUUUUAACUUUGAAAUUUAGGGGCUUUUGGGCAAAGAUUUGGGAAAAGGAAUAGCAGCUCUUUCCUAGUAUGCAUCCCAAGGCAAACAGACACCAACUGCGGCAUUCCCAACACCCAGAGGCAGAGACGCAGUCCCGCCAUUUCCCCUCUGGUGCCGUUCCGGGCGCAGCCGCCAGGGGCGCUGCUGGCUCUGGGCAGGGCGGGGGCGAUGAUUCCCCCGCGCCUGCAGGGGGCGCUGUGGCGCAGGCUCGGUCAUUUCUCUCACGUUGUAAUGGCGGACAUGCUGGCGGAAGGGUUGGGAAAAGGGCUUGCUCCACAAACCUCCAGGGGCAGCCGAUCCCAGUGCCUAAUCAGGAAUCUUGGAAGUGGCAAGCUGAAACGGCAGGAACGAGCUCACCUGGGAUAGCAAGCAAUAGUCAGCUGUAGUAGGAGCUGUGGUGUGUCCUGGCAGGCAGGGAGUGUGGGGUUAACAGUCUUGCAAAAAACCCCUUGAGCAGGAGCUGAGCAGCAGCAGACCGUCUCCCAAACUGGGCCCAGAGAGGCUUCCUUGGAGAGAGAAGGGGCUCAGGGAUCCUGGCAUUUCCCCUGAGGCACCUCAGCAGAUGGUGAAGGAUCCUGUAUUUGCUGUGGAAGGGUGCUGAUAAGGUCUCAGUGCAACAGCCGCUCUUACAAGCAGCACUCCACUCAUGGUAGGAGGCAGCAGGAGACUGAACGUGGUGCUGGUUGCAAAUUCUUCCCGCAGCGACCGAAGCCUCUUUCCCCUCUGAAAGCUGAGAGAGCAGGAGAGGUAGGAGCUGCUCCCAAACCCAUUUUCCCCAGCCCAGUUCUCUCAGUAUCUCUGGCCCUCUGAGAGAAACCCUCUCGGAGUAGAGGGUAAGAGAAGUGCAGCUAGGUGCCCUGCCCCUCAAGUUUGGCAACUUCUUUUGUCUCUCUUAAGUACCAAUUAUAUUUUCUUAGAGACAGAUGGGACAAAAUUCCAUGAGAGAAAGAAACAAAAGGAAAAAAUACAAAGCCCAAACACCUCCAUUAAAGAUGCAAGCAAUUGCUGUCACAUAGAGCAGAUCCUGUGAGUACCGGUCUCAGUUUGGACACAAAUUCUGGGAGAAAAAUGCUCUAAAAUUACUGUUUUUCUCUAAAGAGAGGGCUUCAAUUGACACGUGGAGAGAGACUCUAAAACUCAAAGACAAAAUGAGUUUUAAAGUAGGUAUGUUUUUAUUUGGCCAGAUGGAUGGGAAUAUUGCUACAAAGACAUGCGUACCCCUUGUACAGACAUGGUUUUCUUUUAUCCUCUAGAAUGUUACAUAUGCGUCAUGUUUCAGAAUAGAUUAUUUCCUGGCUCCUCUCCCUCUCUACUUUGUAUGCUAAUCAUCUUAUCAGUCCAUUGCUGGUGCGCAGUUGUCUCUG